GUCGACCAUGUGAAGCAUAUCCGGCAGCACUUUGUCGACCACCGUUUGGUUACCAAAUCCACCUCUUUGUGCCACCCAUGUGUAGGCUGCAUGGCUCGGUCCAGAUGCAAGAGACAUGGAAAUUCGAAAGCGAUUCAAAAUGGUUCGAGAACAUAGCGGUUGGCUGCGUGCGUGUGAUGGAACGGCGAUAACAUCGUGAUGAUUUGUACGAAUAACAGAUAUUUUCGAGGAGGAUCAACACGACAGCCAUGGACGAGAGUCUCGAGGACAAUUUGCUGGACGACGGGGACGGCGUCGGCGAGGUGACGGCGCAGACCGUGCUCCAGGAAAUCGAGAACGCCUGGAUGAACGAACGAUGCGCACCCGAGAUCCUGCCGCAUCAGUCUGACCUGGUGGACUGCAUGCUGCAGCAAAUCGCGCACAUGGAGGAGAACAUUAAGAGGUUAGAUAGGAGCGAUCUGCGAGCGCUAGUCCACCGGAUGGAACUCGAUCGGAUCAGAUACGUGAUCAGCAGCUACCUGCGCGCGCGUCUGGAGAAGAUUGAGCGAUACACGUUCCACAUCUUGUCGGAGGAGAGUAACAGGAGCCCGGAGGAGGCCUACCUGACGCCAGGCGAGCUGCGCUUCGCCAAGGAGUACGGAGACAGUUUGGAAGCGCUCUUCAAGACGGUCGCGUUGGAUCACAUGCCGCCCAACUUUCGAGGAUUCGAGAGAAACAAGUUAACCGUUAGGCCCAAUCUGCAAACACAUGUGUUUCUUCGUGCCAAUCAAAGCAUCACUGGCAUAGUCCUGCCUGGUACGAACGACGAGGUAGACUUUGAGGAAGGUUCGCAGCAUAUUAUUCAGUACAGCGCCGUUUCAAACUUGGUUAAGUCUGGUGUGGUGCAGUUGAUUUGAUAUUCUUAGAUCGAGGAAGUGCAGCUGAGAAGGGAAAAAGUUGUGAUAUCUCUUUGGAACGGUAUAUAAUUUUGUUUAUAUAUAGUAUCAUACACACAUUUCUAUAAUUAUACACUAAUAAAAUUAAGAUUUUAAUUAAUAAAACUGAUUAAGAAGCAAAUAAUGAUUUCUGUCAACUUUAUUGUAGUAAUGUCAAAUUUAGCAUUAUUGUUUUAUUAUUCAAUCAUUUAAAUAUCAACAGAAUUCACUCUCUCGUUUUCUGUGUAAAAGUACAUAGGGUGUGUUCAACACUCACAAUGCUCUUGGAUAAUUUCAGCCUGUUGUUUAAUGAAUAUUAAAUAAGGACAAAUGACACAAUUGUUGCGAGUGUUAAAUGAAACAUGUCUAUAGUAUCGUAUGGCAUUAUUGUGCUCUCACAGAUAAAUUUGAUUUAUUAAUAGUUAUUUAAUUAUGGACAUGUAGAUUUAUAUUGAUUGAUUGUGCUGCAGUUAGUUUGAUAAAGAUAUUUUCUAAUAGAAAUUUUAAUAUUAUUGAUAUUCUCAGGAAAUGUGUAGUUAAGAGGUAAAGGUUGUGAGUCUCUUUAUGAAACAGGAUACCUAUAAUUUUAUUUAAAUGUAAUAUCAUGUACACAACAUUUCUAUAAUUAUACAUUAAUAAAAAUUAAGAUCUUAAUGAAAUUGAUUAAGCAGAAGCCACUGAUGAUUUCUGUUGACUUUAUUGCCACAGUAUAUGUAUAUCAAAAUUAGCAUUAUUAUUUGAUCAUUUAUCAAUAUCGAUAGUAACAUAAUACUCUUUUGUUUUUUUGUGCAGAAAUUUAUAUAGUAUCACAUGGUAUUAUUGUGCUCUCAUAGAUAAAUUCAAUUUAUUAAUAGCUACUUAAUUAUUGAGAUUAUAGAUUUAUACUGAUUAAUUAUACUGUAUUUUCUUAAACAAAAUCUAGUAGUUUUUUCAUGAUAUUCAAAUUCUUAGUUAAAAAAUUAUUACUGAAGAACAUAGAACGCUACUUAUAAAAAUGUAAUAUAGGUAUGAUUGUAAUUCAGCAAAAAUGAUAAAUGUAUUCUCUAACAGGAA